GACUAUCCAAUCAGAGCGCUGCUCGGUGCGCUACGUCAUUUCCGGUUUGCGCUUGAAUGGAAAUGGCGGCAGAUAAGAAUGCGAGCCUAAUGUCCGCCAAUUGUACCUAUGGGGGAGAAAAUGAAAACGCGGGGAAGCUAUCUAAUUCACAGGAUGAUCCGCCGGUCGUGUUUCUUUGCAGCCAUUGCAAGAGGCCGAUAGGUGACACGUACAGCUGGAUGGGCAGCGACAUGGGGGAGCAGACAAUACUACUGAAAGCUGUAUCUGAAUACGUUUCGGUGGAUAAAGUGCAGAUCGUCUCGAAGGUUUCCAGUGACUAUGGCUGUACAUUUGAAACCGUAUCCUGUGGCGGCUGCUCCUCUGUCAUGGGCAAGAUCUACAGAUGCACCCCCAAGCACCUCGACUUCAAACGGGAUUUGUUCUCCCUUAAUAUCGAUGCCGUUGACAGUUAUAUCCUAGGCUCUGCAGACAAACAAGCGCUGUUGGAAUAUGAAGAACCCGUCACCCUGGGUGUCCGUGCAGCACUUGAGGAGGAAAUUAAAAAGACAAGGACAGUGCUAAACGUAUUGCAGUCCAGAGUCUCCACCAUUGAAGCGCACAUCGGGAAAGAGCUCGGCAGCCCUCUCGACGUGGAUAUCACAGACCUGAGAGAGAAAGCCUGCAACCAUCCCAAAUCGUAGAACCAAGUUGGCGAGAUGAUGUUUAUUGGUAAAAACCCAACGGCCUUCAGUAGAACUAGAACUAAAAACUAUCCAGUGAUGUGCGGUGUGAUUGUGUCCGGGGCCUAACGGCAGACAAUAUGGGAUCUGACAGCUUCCUCGGCCAUAUUGCUGCUCUGUUUGCUUUGUGCAUAAUGAGGAAUCUGUGGUGCCAACGUGUUGCAUAGCAAUCGCUGCUUUCUCUCGCUGACAACUGUUUACAAUGGUAAAGUUGUACGGCUUCCCGCUACUUCCGCUCAGUGCAUGACUAGUUAGAACAUGAUCUGGUUUGCUGUUAGUGCCAGACCGAAUUGGCUGAGAAAAGCCACAGACAUCUGCCUCCAAGAUCCUCUCAUCCUUCCGCUCGGCUGGCACCGAACCAGCCGAUGAAUAAGUGAUUGGCACACAAAUACUCUUGGUACUGUACUGAAUGGGGGCCAUUCCCUGGUAUAUUGCUUUUUAUCACUUUUCACUCUUUCUGUUUAUCUCUAACUGGAUAAUAGUUCUUAUUUUUAGGGCUGAUCUUAUUGUUUUGGUCAAAGCUGUAGCUAUUCUUAACUCCCAUCAACCCCAGCUACUAACAUACUGAUUUAUCUUCUUAUAUUGGGGGAUGGGGGAAUGAAUAAUGGGCUCAAUAGGUUCCAAUAGAUAGCCUCAAAUAGUGCUGGGAAUGGAAUGGUAGCCUACUGCUCUCCAGAUGCACACAGAGGCUGUCUGAGGGGAAGAAGGGUGUUUUGUGAGUUAUAGUUUAGUAUCUGUUCUUUACAUGUUCUUUACUUCAUCAUGUAAUUGAAAGCAUGAUCUUUGCACUAAAUUCAAUCUCUUUAGCCUUAAAAAGCAAAUCAUUUUAAUUCUGCUGCUCAGCAGAGGGCGCUGUUACAUUCAUUUCAGCUCCAUCAGUCUGCCUUUUGUAUUAGUGUUAUAAUGUUAGUGUAUCUUAGAUAUCAUUGCAAACUAUUUGCCUCCAGGUUAGAGUUCUAGCCAUAAGGGAAAGUAGCAGCAGAUCGGUUGGACCAUGAGCCUUCCCCAGGGUAUCCAGAGACCAAUGUCACCCAUUAUAGUUGCUUAUAUUACUACACUGGCAGACUGAAUUAUAUGUAUAUAUCUUGUUCUCUCAAAGCAAUGCCUUCUCAGCGCAGCCACUGCUAAAAAGUUUCUCUAUUUAGCCAUAUUGUUUCAUUAUCUGUCCUAUAUAAACAACCAGACCUCUGCAGUUUCCUUGUUUAGCCGAUAUUGUGCCAUAUAAGAAACAUUAAAGGCAACAUACACCAAUAUAAUUUAAGGUAACAUUUCUUUUUCGCGCGGUUAGCUGUAGCCUACUUCUAAGAAAGGCCUGAUGACUCUUCCUUGCUCCUGGGAACGCCAUUGUCUGAAUAGAGCAACAUCACAGGUCUUUCCUUUUUUUCAACCUCCUGCUUUACUUAUUAAACUAAUUACCGGACUGAGCAGCAGAAAUUACCCACGUUACAUGGAUAUUCAUGGUAUUGGCUCUAAACAACUGCUAGCACCAUGAAUUCUGAACAAAGAUUCCUGAAGUGCAAAGAAGAGAUUUCUGAACAUUUUUGUACCCAUGAAGCACAGCGGCUGACAUAACUCCUAAUGUGUUAUUAAAUAAAAUCCCUUUUGUAUAUA